AUGAUCACAUUUCUCAUACUCGCUAAGGGAGAACAUCAACAAUGGGCCAAGGAAAAGGAGCCUCAACAAAGCAUGGAAGAUAUUGUUCGCCGAUUAUUUAAUGAGCAAUUGAAUACGGAAUCAUUGGACAAAUUGAUAAAAGAAUUGGGUAAUAAGCGCCAUUCUGACAUUCAUUUUCAUCAAUUUGUCAUUACCGAUCGCAACAGUUGCGAGAAUUUUGCUUCCUAUUUGAAAAAAGAACACAAUGGAUUGGAUGCAUUGAUUAAUAAUGCAGGAUUUGCUUUCAAACAUGCAGCAACAGAAUCACCGGAAGAGCAGGCUCGCGUGACAAUUGCUAUUAAUUACAAUGGUACUAAACAAGUUUCUAAUAUAUUAUUUCCUCUCAUUAGAGAUGAUGGAAGAGUUGUUGAUGUAAGCAACUUAGAAGGUGCCAUUGACGAAAGUUACAAUGAUGAAACUAUUGCUGAAGUUGCAGAAAAAUUCAUUCCAAUCUGA